AGUUAGCAUCUCACAGGUUUCUGCUCGGAGUCCGAGUCCAGGUGUGAACAUGUUACCUUUAUCCAUUAAAGAUGACGAGUACAAACCGGCCAAGUUCAACCUGCUGGCGAAGCUGUCCGGAUGGUUCAGGUCCAUUUUAGCGGAUAAAACCUCCAGGAACCUGUUCUUCUUCCUCUGUCUGAACCUCUCCUUCGCCUUCGUGGAGCUCACCUACGGAAUCUGGAGCAACAGUUUAGGUCUGAUCUCAGACUCCUUCCACAUGUUCUUCGACUGCACCGCCCUGCUGGCAGGACUCGCAGCCUCCGUCAUCUCCAGGUGGAGGUCCAACGAUAGCUUCUCCUACGGGUACGUCCGAGCAGAAGUCCUGGCGGGCUUCGUCAACGGGCUCUUCCUCAUCUUCACCGCUUUCUUCAUCUUCUCAGAAGGAGUCGAGCGGGCUCUGGAGCCGCCCGACGUUCACCACGAGCGCCUGCUUCCUGUCUCUGUGGCCGGUCUGAUGGUCAACCUGGUCGGGAUCUUCGUGUUUCAGCACGGAGGACACGGACACUCGCACGGAGACGGAGGUCACGGUCACAGUCACUCUCUGUUCAACGGCAGCGUGAAUCACAGCCACGGAGGACACGAACACCACAGCAAACAGACAGACUGGCACGGACACGAAGGACACAGCCACGGAGGACAUGGACACAGCCACGAAGGACACGGACACAGCCACGAAGGACACGGACACAGCCACGGAGGACACGAGGAACCUCACGACGAGCUGAGGAAAGGCUCCAGCAAGCAGAUCCUGCAGGGAGUCCUCCUCCACAUCAUCGCCGACACGCUCGGCAGCGUCGGCGUCAUCAUCUCCGCCCUGCUGAUGCAGAAGUACGAGCUGAUGAUCGCCGAUCCCAUCUGCUCCAUGCUGAUCGCGCUCCUCAUCGGAGUCAGCGUGGUGCCGCUGCUGAAGGAGUCCAUCGGCAUCUUGAUGCAGAGAACCCCGCCUUCACUUGACCACACCCUGCCCGAGUGCUACCAGAGGGUGCAGCAGCUGCAGGGAGUCUACAACCUGCAGGAACCUCACUUCUGGACUCUGUGCACCGACGUUUAUAUCGGAACGUUAAAGCUGCUGGUGGCCCCCGACGCCGACACCCGCUGGAUCCUCAGCCAGACGCACCACAUCUUCACUCAGGUUGGAGUUCGACAGCUGUACGUUCAGAUCGACGUGGCCGCCAUGUAGAAGCUCCUCCUCCAAACCUGGGACCAAUCACAUA